AUGGAUAGAAGUCCCCAGAGACCCUUGAUUUUAACAGCACGUGAAAAACGUGUACGACAAAAAUUUAAUAGUGAUAUUGAAUUACAAGCGUAUGAAAAACGUCUUAAAGAUAUCGAGAAAAAAAUUCGUCAACUCGUCAAACGUGCAUUUGAAAUAUUUGAUGAAAAUCGAAGUGUUUCAAGUCCACCAACAGUUGCACGUACAGUUAAACCAGAUAUUCGAACUAAACCAUCAAAUCUUUCUCAAGAUGAAUUAAGUAUUAAUGAAGACCCAUCAAUUCAUCAAAAAGAUACAGAACUAACUAAAAAAGAUAAUGAUACAUCAUCAAGUUCAAAUCAACAAAGACAAUCAGAUGUUGUUACAUCUGAUGCAAGUGAUCUUGAAUGUCGUGUACGUGCUUAUCGUGAACAAUUAAAAGCGAAAAAACUUGAACUUGAAAGAUUAAAACAACGUAAAAAUAAAGAAAUUUUACGAAGACAAGAAGAUGAAUUAAAAAAACAAAUCGAAUCCUAUGAUCAUGAAAUUCAAACAUUACGUCUUCAACCAGUUCAACAGGAACAAACAGUACCGGUUCCAUCAUCAUCAUCAUCAUCAUCAUCUAGUAGUUCUUCAAUACAAAGAAGCAAAUCUAACGAGAAAAAAAAUCUUUCUCAUAAUAACGAAGAUAAAGAAGUAGAUUUAAGACUUUUACAAACACCACGUGAUGAACGUGAUACACAACAUGAUGCUCUAUCAAUACCAAUCGAUCUAAAACAAGAUUAUGAUAGUCGACGAACAAGUAUUGAGAGCACAAAAGCACCACUAGAUUUAAAUACAAAUCUUCCUGUAUCAUCCAAAGAAGAAGAAGAAGAGUCCGUAUCAUCAUCAUUAUCAUCAUCGUCAAAGUCAAGUGAAAAGCCUAUCAAAUUACCUUCACCACAAAUAUCUAAAUCUCCUUCUCCUUCUCCAUCACCAUCGGAGUCAAGUCAAACAACUUCAUCAUCAAAACAAGAACGAAGUAAAUCACCUUCACCACCACCACCACCGCUAGCGUCAUCUGAACCAAUUAAAUCUAUUUCUGUAGUAACAGAAAACCGUGCUAAAUCACCUACAUCACCAGCUCCAUCUGAAUCAAGUACAUCAAGUUAUUCAUCAGUACCUGAUCGUCUUAAAUCACCUACACCACCACCAACAUCAUCGCAACCAAUUCAAUCAACACAAGAACGUAUCAAAUCUCCUUCACCACCAUUGUCUCAAUCAAUUAAAUCCACCUCUUCAUUAAUUCAAGAACGCAUUAAAUCACCAUCAUUAUCUGAAUCAAGUUCUUCAUCAUUAGACAAAUACAUUAAACCAUCAGAUUUAACUGAGCCAGUUAGAUCAACUUCAUCAUCUGAAUCAAGUUUUUCAUCAUUAGACAAAAAUAUUAAAUCAUCAGUACCACCUGAGCCAAUUCAAUCUACUGCAUCAGUACAAGAACGCAUUAAAUCAUCAUCAUCUUCUGAAUCAAGUUCUUCAUCAGUAGACAAAAAUAUUAAACCAUCUGAACCAAUUAAAUCGACUUCUUCAUCAAUACAAGAACGUAUUAAAUCGCCAUCAUCAUCAUCGUCUGAAUCAAGUUCUUCAUCAAUAGACAAGCACUUUAAAUCACCAGUACCACCUCAACCAAUUCAAUCUACUUCAUCAGUACAAGAACGUAUUACAUCCCUGUCAUUAUCAUCAUCUGAAUCUACUUCUGUAUCAAUACAGAACCAUAUUAAAUCACCUUCAUCAGCAGCACCAUCUGAACGAAUUCAAUCUAUUUCUUCAUCAACACAACCACACGUCAAAUCACCUUCACCACCAGUAUUAGAAUCAAUUAAAUCUCCAUCAAUACAUGAACAAACUCCAAUUCCAAUAAUUCCACGAAAACGAUCUCAUACUUCAUCAACAAAUAAUGACUAUGAUGAAGAUUUUUCUGAAACUAGUCAUUCCCAAAUUGAAACAUCAGGAAAAAUAAAAAUUGAUGAUAUUGAUAUUGAAUCAAUUGAAGAAGAUAUUGAUGUUAAACAUUCAACACAUGAUACAAAUCAUAGUUCAACAUCGAAAUCAAGUGGUGAUGAACAAUCAGAAAUACUUGUUCUUGUUAAAAAAUCAGCUAAUAAUACUCCGAGAGAACCAGAUCAAUCAAAUUUACCAAAUGAAAUAUUUCCAUCAUCUCCACGUUUACAAAAAAUUGAAACAGAUGAUACAUCACAUGAUAUAAGUGAAGUUGAUGAUGGUAAUCAAUAUAUUGAACAACAGAAGAAAGCUGAUAUAUUAACAGAAACAUUAAUUAAAGUAUUUAUUGAAGAAGCUAUUCAACAAGGAAAAGAAAUUGUUUAUAGAAAAAGUCAAAAUUCAUUUACAAAAGAAGUUAGUGAAUGGUUAUCGGAUGAAGAUUUAACUGAUGAAGAAAAUAAUAAUAAACAAAUACCUAAUAAUCAUGACGAAGAUGUCGAUAAUGUUAUACAAACAUUAGCAAUUCAACAAGAAUUCUUAGAACAACUUGAUGCAGCAGCAAAUGGAAAUCAUGAAAAUGACGAACUUAAUCUUGAUCUUAGUCAUCUUGAAGAUAAAAAUCCUGAUGGAUCACAAGUCGAUAAUUCGGCUAGACUUGCUAUUGACAUACCUAUUAAACCUGUUGUUCCACAUACAUGUGAACAAGUUAGUCAACUAUGUCAUGAAGCUCUUACAAUUCUAUACAAUCACAAUACCGAUUUCUCUGAUCGUUCAUCUAUUGAUCGAGCAAUACCAGCUUCUUAUUUUGCUAUUGAUUUUUCAACGAAUCAAGAUGAAGAAACUGAAAAUGAUGAUAUUCAACGUAGUCGUCAUGCUUAUAAUCAAAUGAUAUUUGAUUUAUGUGUUGAACUUUUACAUGAAAUGUAUUCACCAAAUAUUCGCUUAACAAAAUAUCCUGAAUGGCAAAAAACGAAAUUAAUAUCCAAACGUUUUUAUCGUUCAAAUAAACCAAAAACUCGUGAUGAAGCAGAAAAUUUUAUUGAAAAAAAAAUAUUUGAAAUCUUAAAUUUAAUUCCACGACAAAUUGUCUAUUCAAAAUGGCGUAUGUUAAUUGAUCGACGUCAUGGACAUGAACAAUUUGAAAUGGUACUCGAUGAAGAAUUACGUCGAACUGAAAAUUCAUGGAUUGAUUAUGAUGAUGAUUGUAUAAGAAUUAAAUUUGAUAUAUCAGAACAUAUAUUUGAGCAAUUAAUUCAAGAAACAUUAGUAGACUGUAUUGAUGUUAUUAAUAAAAAAUUAUCAUUGAGCAGUAAUAGUACACGUCUUUAA